CCAAAAUCCCGAGGGAGGAGUGUGGACUGAACAGUGACCAAAAACUUUGAGCUUUGACUGAGAGAGAGAGAGAGAGAGAGAGAGAGAGAGAGAGAGAGAGAGAGAGAGAGGAAAAUGGGGACAGAAAACACAAAAGCAGCAAAUUCAGAGUUGUUGAGUGAGACAGUAAAGUAAAGGACCAGCCACUGCCUUGCCCCCAUUAUUGAUAUAACUGGCAGCCAUUCCGAAUUUUAAGCCUUUACUUAUUUUGUGUGUUUCUGCUCUCUCUCUCUAUACCGUUACUGCCUAUAGCUUUUCAGUGUUUGUGUAAUACUCAAUUCACACACACACACACACACACAGUGAAUUAUAGGUGGUUUCCGGUAAUGAGUAUGGCUGGAGAAUCUGUGUGACUGUGUUUGUCUCUGUCUUCACUCUCUCUUUCUACCGUUACUGGCUAUAGCUUUUAACUGUUGUGAAAUUCACUCAAUUCACACACACACUCAGUGGAUUUUACAGGAAUAUUAAGUCGCCGGUAAUGGGUAUGGCCGGAGAAUCAUCAUCGUCGUCGUCGUCGUAUUCGGGGAAGCUGAAGAAAGCAGCAAAAAAGAUGUUAGUUCAAACAUGUGGCUCUUUUCGUUGUGGAUACCAAAACCCUCCUUCUCCUGUCCCCGAUAACACCACCACCACCAUCACCUCUGCAUUUGCUUAUCCUGAGCUGUUGAAGAAUCAUACUGCUGUAGUUAAACCUUCACAAUUAGACUCUAUUACUAACACGCCUUCUAACAAGAAUUUUUGUCCAAUAUGUCUGGAUCCGUUGACCUAUAGCUGUGACAGCAGCCCAGGACAAGCUAUAUUCACAGCGCAAUGCUCUCAUGCUUUUCACUUUGCUUGCAUAUCAUCUAAUAUCCGCCAUGGCAAUGUUACUUGCCCUGUUUGCCGUGCACAUUGGACUCAACUACCUCGGACAUUGAAGAUGGAUUAUUCUGCUCACAACAAUCAAGCUGAUCCCAUUCUCCAGAUUCUUGAUGAAUCAAUUGCUACUUCGCGGGUACAUAGACGUUCCUUUUUGCGCUCUGCUCGCUAUGAUGAUGAUGAUCCAAUCGAGCCUGACCGUACAUCAGAUCUUCACCGUCUGCAUCUGUCUUUGUCACCUAUCACUCAUGGUACCUCUAUGUUUGAUCCUUGCUCAAAUCCAAAGUCUGGCUUUAGUUCAUGCCAUUGUCCUCAGCAUUGUCUAUCUAGUUCUUCUUUAGAAUCUUCACAUCCAGCAGCGCAACAUUUUGCAGAACGCGGGCAGACCCCUAUUGUUUCCACAUCCUCUAGGAGAGCUUAUCUCUGCUUAAAAUUGGCACAUCAGCCGGCCACCGACUUAGUCUUAGUUGCAAGCCCAAAUGGACCUCACCUAAGGCUUAUGAAACAAGCCAUGGCAUUGGUGGUAUUUUCACUCCGACCUAUAGACCGCUUGGCUAUUGUUACCUACUCUUCUGCCGCAGCACGUAUCUUCCCCCUCAAGUGUAUGACCUCUUACGGGAAGCGGACAGCACUACAAGUGAUUGAUCGACUGUUUUAUAUGGGCCAAGCUGAUCCAGUAGAAGGACUCAAGAAAGGAGUAAAGAUACUAAGAGAGCGCACCCACCAAAAUCCUCAUUCUUUUAUUCUGCAUCUGUCUGACAAUCCAACAAGAUCUUUCCAUGGGUUUCACUUGGAACUUCCUAUUACAAUCCAUAAGUUUCAUGUAGGAUUUGGAUUUGGCACUUCAAAUGGGUUUGUCAUGCACGAGUUUGAGAGAUUUCUUGCUAAAAUAUUAGGUGGUGCGGUUAGAGAAAUUGCAUUGAGGAUUGGGCAGGACUCUAGGAUUAUGAGGAUUGGAGAAUUACGAGGGGGUGAGGUGAGGAGAAUCCCGUUGCUUUUGGAAGAGUUGGACCAGGUCCAUGUGGUGUAUACCUACAUUGAUUGCAUGAUGGAUGACUCUGUUAAAACAGGGGAAAUUGUAGUCAGAAUUGGUGAUAGAAAAGAACUGACUGAUGCUGUUGACGCUGUUGAAAGCACAGGCGGAAGAAGUAGCAGUGUUGAGAGCUGGGAAUAUCACGAUCCGUUCAUGGCUAGAAGAUGGGCUAAGCGUUUGCAUGGCUAUAGGAUAUGAUGUUCACGACUUUGAUUCCUUACCCUGAAAUCCUUGAUCCCAUCACUCCGAUCUCCGGGGAUGAUCUAUUAAUUGAACAAAGAUUUUUUUUUUUGAGAAUCUGUAUUAUACGUGAGAUCUUGAAAUGCAUGAAUAGAUGUCUUGUAUAUCUGUGUUCCUACUUUUCUUAAGGAAUCUUCUAUAGUUGGGUG